GCGGGCCCCGGCAGUCGCGAGCACGUUGCUAGUGGGUGCGGCUGGCGGGGCCGGGGGCGGUAGGGGGCGAGCGUCCGCCUGAGGCCCCCGGGUUCCGGCGCCCUCUCCCACGUUCCGCCAGGUCGCUCUCCUGAGUGACACCGCCGUGGUAUCCGAGUAGCUGUCGUCCGGCCUGUGCGGAGGGAAGCGGUGUCGGUCCCGACGUCCUAAUAGUCUUUUUUGCCAGGAGAAGCAAUCCUUUGACCUCCGCUUGAAGAGGUUACCCCUGCUUUGCCUGAAGAAUGUGUAAUGACCUCCCUCGGGAUAAUUGGCUUGCAAGACACUGCUGGUUCAGGACCUACCCCACCACCCCUCUUUGCUAGACUCAAGUCCCGCAGAUCCUGAAAGUCUCUAUAGAAGCUGAAAUCUAUCACCAUUCUUCAAAAUGCAAUGGAAUAUACCACGGGCUGCAUCUCGACUGGCACACAGGACAUGCUUAGAACCACAUAAAGCUGGUGUUUUUGGACACUGUCAAAACAUAAACGGACCAUUACUUUUGCAUAAUGCUGAAUCCAAAGCCGUUUUGGUUCGAGGCCCUCAGAGACAGUGGUUGCACUUAUCUGCCGCCCAGUGUAUUGCAAUGGAAAGGAGGCCCUGGGAAGCUCAUCCACCCCGUCCUGCGGUCCUUCACCAUAAACAGUGGAAGCAAGAUGUUUUAUCCAAGAGGGUUUUAUCUUCCAGUGCCCCAGCCCAAGGAACUCCGGAAAAAAAGGAAGAGCCUGAUCCUUUACAAGACAAAUCUAUUAGUCUGUAUCAGCGAUUUAAGAAAACAUUUAGACAAUAUGGAAAAGUUUUGAUUCCAGUGCAUCUAAUAACUUCUUGUGUUUGGUUUGGAACAUUUUAUUAUGCAGCCCUAAAAGGAGUGAACGUCGUUCCUUUUCUGGAACUCAUUGGGUUACCUGACAGUGUGGUAAACAUCCUUAAAAAUUCCCAGAGUGGAAACGCAAUAACAGCAUAUGCCAUGUUUAAGAUUGCAACGCCUGCCCGAUACACUGCGACCCUGGGAGGAACAUCCGUUACUGUAAAGUAUUUGCGCAGUCACGGCUACAUGUCGACACCACCACCUGUUAAGGAGUAUCUGCAGGACCGGAUGGAAGAGACAAAGGAGCUCAUCACAGAGAAGAUGGAAGAAACGAAGGACAGACUUACUGAGAAGUUACAAGAAACCAAAGAAAAAGUUUCUUUUAAGAAAAAAGUGGAAUAGGGUGCCUUAUAUAACACAGUAUAGAAAAUUCCUACACUUUAACCCCUUGGAAACUGGGCAAAGAUGUAUGCUUCUGAUUAUUUUUUGGUUAGUUGCCUAAAUAUGCUAGUCCUCUGAGGGUUAAAGAACUAAGAUACCUUUUUAAAGUUAAAUAUUACUAGGAAAAUCAGUGUUUUUUGAAAAGAAGAAGAAUUUCAUAUCAGUGGCAGCAUUAAGCAGUGGUUAAUGUCUUAUAUGUCAGAGUUCUUUUUCAAGGUCUUCAGAAUCAUAUUUGCUUCGUGUUUUGUUGCCAGUGUCAGUUCUUAAUGUGGAGACAAACUAGCAUCAUCAAAACUGCCUGUGAAUAAGAGGGUAUUUAGUCUAUAAAAACAGUAUAUAAGUUAAAUACAGUUAAAAUACAGACCUUAUAUGACAAAAGUUGAAUACAAAUUCAGCCAUAUAUAUGUAAAUAAGAUGUAUUAGUUAUA